GGCAAGGUCCCACUUGCACGAGUUAAGAGAUACUGACCGUAGAGAGCAAAGUUGAAAGAUCAACGGCCGAAAUCUCCUAAUUUGCGCAAGUGGGACCUUGCCCACGGUGAAAGGAGGACCCUGUCGCGGUUGCACACACAAAGCGGGCACACAUUUUCCAGGGAGGGUGGGAGUAGGCGGGAACAACUCCGCCCCCCUCGCUCACAAGCACGCACGAAAUCAACUGGGGUACACGUGUGAGCUUUCGUCACUACCGAGAGAAGCAAUUAUAGACCUCGACCUAUACACGAAGAAAACGUAGGGUAGGGGGGGUCUGACGAGAGAGAGAGAGAGAGAGAGAGAGAGAGAGAGAGAGAGGUGGUUUGAGAUACGCCCAUAUACACACACACACACACACACAGAGGUGGUUUGAGAUACGCCCAUAUAUACAGAGAGAGAGAGAGAGAGAGAGAGAGAGAGGUGGUUUGGGAUACGCCCAUAUACGUAAGCGGGGUCUGGAGAGAGAGAGAGAGAGAGAGAGAGAGAGAGAGAGAGAGAGGUGGUGUGGGAUACGCCCAUAUACUCAUACACACACACACACACACACACACACACACACACAGAGGGAGAGAGAGAGAGAGAGAGAGAGAGAGAGAGAGAGAGAGAGAGAGAGAGAGAGAGAGAGAAGCUGGUGCAGCGGGAGACCGAAGGCGCGGUCUUGGCUUCAUGGCACAGCAGGGUAGGCAUACGAUCAUUCUGAUGCAGCCCCAGCCAAAUCGUGCCAGCAGAACGUUCAUGGAUUACGAGACAGUGCCUGCGGCAAUGGACGGGAUAUGCGGGAUAUUUGAGAGGAGACUGAAGGAGGCGAACCCUUCUGUGCGUAACAUAACGUACGAUAUCAAUGAUCUGUACAAGUUCAUCGACAGCUUGGCAGAUCUGAGUGCCCUUGUGCUCGACCAUUCGAUAAAUGCAUAUGUACCACAUGACAGGCAAUGGAUCAAGCAGAGGGCUUUCCAACACUUGAAGAAGCUUGCUGGCCAAACUGGUUGAGGUCCCAGGGAGAUGGGGGAAAGCGAGCAACGCUAUGAGGUCGUGUGAGAGAUUACGCUUACUCUUUCGAAGAGUCCUUGCCGCUAAAAAAAUGCACUCUUUAUUUCAGGAAAGUUAUUUUCGCACGUUCACACUGUGUCCUGACUGUGCUGCUCCAGUGAUCAUUUUGUCUGUCAAACCUCUGGUACAGGCCCCAGCCUUGUGGAAACGUGUUCGUCGCCUACUCCGAAAAUUUCGCUUCUCCGGCCUGCUGAUGCUGAACCACAAUGGUUGGUGAAGCCAGCCAAAGAAGUAAAAAAAGUGCGCUGCUGGCGGUUUGGAAAAGUUCCGUGCAGAGUGCAGCGACUCCAGGCCCGGCUGUACUGGUCGGCGGUUUAAACAAUCCCUUUUGAGAGCCCCCGCUGCACUUCCAGGCGUGCCUGUACUGGUCGUCUAAUCGAUCGAUCCCCUUUUGAGAGCCCCGGCUCUCCGAAGACAAGCUUGGUGCGCAGUGCAGCGCCUCCAGCCCCGGCUGUACUGGUGGUGGUUUAAACGAUCCCUUUUUGAG